AUGUCUGUGUGUGUACGUGAAUUAUUCAAGGCCAUUAUUGAUGAAUAUAAAAAUAAGUGUAUUCAGUGUCCUACCAAAUUGAAUGGAGUGAAAUUUCAGCAGAAUUUGAACGUUCCCCAUGCAUGCGGUGCUUUGGAUGGCAAACAGGUAGCCUGCAGACCACCUGAAAAUAGCGGAAGCACGUACUUUAACUAUAUAGGGGUUUUCUCCAUCGUUCUAUUGGGUCUUGUAGAUGCUUGCCACAAGUUCCUUUCGGCCGAUGUCGGUGGCUAUGGGCAUAUGUCCGAUGCUCAAAUUUUCAAUGCGUCCGGGUUAAAGGAAUGUCUUGAGGACAACAGUUUUGGUUUUCCUGCAGCAAACCCACUACUGAAUGAUGACAAUGCCAAUCUUCAUCUUAGGCGAUGA